AUGCGAUUACCAACUAUAAAAACAGAAUUAUUGGAGUUAGAAAAUGUAAUUUCUCCCGUUGAUGAAAAAGAAAACCACAGCCUUUCAGAUGUCAAUGAUCACGACAACUUAAUAGAUGCCACAGUAACAACAACCUCUUCUUCUUACUCUUCACGAAAUGCUUCAAUUGACCACAUAAGUAGAGAUUUUCUAGAAGCUAAUGGUAGCAACCAUCGUCUAUAUGUACCAGGCACGACAAAUAAUGCAAAAACAACAGUCAUCGAACGAAUUCGUGCACCGAGACCACUAAAAAAUGACUAUGUUGAAGUCCGUACAGUCGAAGAUGACUCGGAUCGUGAUUCGGUUGGUAAAACGAAAAGACAAAAGCUUACAAGUAUCGAAGAAACGGUACACGAUGAAAGAAAUUUAGCAUUCGAGGCAAUGCCUCCAUUAAUAAUAUCAGUGGCUGGUUUAAUGUUAGCCGGUUGGCUUUUAGAUGUUGUUCAACAUUGGCCAGUUUUUAAUAAAAUACCUGAAUUGUUUAUUUUGGUUCCUGUAUUACUAAAUCUAAAAGGAAACCUUGAAAUGAAUUUGGCGUCACGUUUAUCUACUUCGGCCAAUUUAGGCGAAUUGGAUAAACCAUCGGUUCGGUAUGCUUUAGUUUGGGGUAAUUUAGCAGUACUUCAAGUACAAUCCUUAAUUGUAGGAGCUGUUGCCGGAUUAUUUUCAUUUAUAGAAGGAAUAAUUUUUCAUCCUAGUCAUGUCAACUCUUUCUAUGAAAGUAUGUUGGUGAUUGUUGCCUCUAUGAUUUGUGCUGCUUUAAGUAGUAUGAUAUUAGAUAAUAUCGCAUGUCCGAUGGCUUCAUCACUUGGCGAUUUAUUAACAUUAGUAAUUUUGGCUGUAUGUGGUGAAUUUCUUCUUCGAUACCUUCAAUCAUAUAUUAGUUCAUUUAUGUUUAUAAUAUUGGUGAUUAGUAUUCCAUUAUGGGUGAAGAUGGUAUGGACAAAUAAAUAUGUUCAAGAUUUAUUGGUUAGUGGUUGGUCGCCUUUAUUUUUAGCCAUGAUUAUUGCAAGAACGGCCAUUGUGGAUGUUGUUGGUACAGGUUUAUUGGUACUAUCAUAUUUAGGAUUAGAAAAAUUGAAUAUUGGUGGCGAUAUAAUAUAG